GCUUCGUUCGCAGCGCGGUCGGUCGGAGCUCGGCGCUCGCCCACGGAGGAGCUGCUGUGAGGGCUGAGAGCGAGCGCCUCCCCCCGACCCCCGAGGAUGAUAAACACCCAGGACAGGAGUAUCUUACCUUUGAGUAACUGCCCCCAACUACCGUGCUGCAGGCACAUUGUUCCAGGGCCUCUGUGGUGCUCCGAUGCCCCUCACCCACUGACGAAGAUCCCCGGUGGGCGAGGGGGUGGCAGGGAUCCUUCUCUUUCAGCUUUGAUAUAUAAGGAUGAGAAGCUCACUGUUAACCAAGAUCUUCCGGUGCAUGAUGGGAAACCACAUAUUGUCCACUUUCAGUACAAAGUUACGGAAGUGAAGAUCUCCUCCUGGGAUGCAGUGCUAUCCAAUCAGAGUCUUUUUGUGGAAAUUCCUGAUGGCUUAUUAGCUGAUGGGAGCAAAGAAGGAUUAUUAGCGCUGUUAGAAUUUGCUGAAGAGAAAAUGAAAGCAAGUUAUGUCUUCAUUUGCUUUCGAAAAAGCAGAGAAGACAGAGCUCCGUUACUGAAGACAUUCAGUUUUCUGGGUUUUGAAAUUGUGAGGCCUGGUCAUCCUUGUGUCCCAUCGCGGCCAGAUGUGUUGUUCAUGGUGUACCCCCUGGAUCAGGUCUCUUCUGAUGAUGACGACGACGACGAUGACGAUUAGACCUAGUGCAGCGUUUCAGUGGGGCCCGGACAUGCUUCGAGCACGGGAGGGGGCUCCAAUGCCUCUUCUGAGGAAAGGGAAAACAAAAUCCUUCUGGACUGAAACCGCAUUUCUUAUUGUUAGAGUGACCUGUAUAUCUUCUGAGUUGACUUUUCCAUUGAAAUGUGUUACCUAGCGAAUAAUAUAAAGUCUGCACAUGUAAUUGCACAAUAGUAAAUGGAAGGUAAAUGGAGCUCUGAGGGGGCCCCCGCUGUUAAAAGCCUAGUGAAGACAUCCUGUCCAGCCACACGGUGGCUAAGGAGCCCACAGAUGGAGAGAGAGAGAGAGAGAGAGAGAAAGGGAAAGCUUCAAUUACUCGUUACAUACAUGUUGGGCUACCUAUUAGUUUGGAUAUUUGGCUUUCAUUUUAAAUGCAUAUUUAUAUGUUCACUCAGACUCUUAAGCAGGGGGGAUGUUUUGAGCGUGGAAAUAUGAGGAAUGGUAGCUUUUUUUUUUUUUUUUUUUGCAAAUAGAUGAUUUGCACCACUGGGUUAAUCAAUAUUCUGGGGUUCUUGACAAACGCUAUCCUCUUUCCGGCUUUUAUUAGGUUAGCAUUAACUCUAGCGCUGCUUCAUUUAGAAGGGGGGGGGGAAUGAACGCAAGGUGUGAAGCUGGCCUUGCUUCCGAAGGGCAUCGCCAUCCCUUUCGAGAGGAUCAGGGCAGUCUUGUGUUCUGCUGUGGAAUUGGAGAAAGAAUCAAGUCAAAGCAAGCUUUCCCUUCCUUUGGAAGAAUGUCUGGCCCACACCGAAGUCUGGAUUCUGGAAUCGUGACUGGCAACUUGAUUCGUCCCUUGAUUAGGAUUCAGUCCUUAACGCGUCUUCAAAAUGCAUUUGGAAACUUUUACCUAAAAGUAGUUCUUGUAGUUGACAUUUCCUGUCCUCAUCCUUCCUUCAAAAAUGCCCCCUGGGAAUAUUAGAUGACUGCUAUCAUGCUUACGUUUCCUUCAAACAGCCAGUUCCUUCAAACGUCAUUCACAAUAUACAAUUCUAAAACGGU